AUGCCGCGGAAACAGGAGUGGACGGCGGAGGGAGCCGCGGCAGGAGUGGACGGCGGAGCGAGCCGCGGCAGGAGUGGACGGCGGAGGGAGCCGCGGCAGGAGUGGACGGCGGAGGGAGCCGCGGCAGGAGUGGACGGCGGAGCGAGCCGUGGCAGGAGUGGACGGCGGAGCGAGCUGCGGCAGGAGUGGACGGCGGAGGGAGCCGCGGCAGGAGUGGACGGCGGAGGGAGCUGCGGCAGGAGUGGAUGGCGGAGCGAGCCGCGGCAGGAGUGGACGGCGGAGGGAGCUGCAGCAGGAGUGGACGGCGGAGCGGCCCGCUGCAGGAGUGGACAGCGGAGCGAGCCGCAGCAGGAGUGGACGGCGGAGGGAGCCGCGGCAGGAGUGGACGGCGGAGCGAGCCGCGGCAGGAGUGGACGGCGGAGCGAGCCGCGGCAGGAGUGGACGGCGGAGGGAGCUGCGGCAGGAGUGGAUGGCGGAGCGAGCCGCGGCAGGAGUGGACGGCGGAGGGAGCUGCGGCAGGAGUGGACGGCGGAGCGGCCCGCGGCAGGAGUGGACGGCGGAGCGAGCCGCAGCAGGAGUGGACGGCGGAGGGAGCCGCGGCAGGAGUGGACGGCGGAGCGAGCCGCGGCAGGAGUGGACGGCGGAGCGAGCCGCGGCAGGAGUGGACGGCGGAGGGAGCUGCGGCAGGAGUGGAUGGCGGAGCGAGCCGUGGCAGGAGUGGACGGCGGAGGGAGCUGCGGCAGGAGUGGACGGCGGAGCGGCCCGCGGCAGGAGUGGGCGGCGGAGCGAGCCGCGGCAGGAGUGGACGGCGGAGGGAGCUGCGGCAGGAGUGGAUGGCGGAGCGAGCCACGGCAGGAGUGGACGGCGGAGGGAGCUGCGGCAGGAGUGGAUGGCGGAGCGAGCCACGGCAGGAGUGGACGGCGGAGAGAGCUGCGGCAGGAGUGGACGGCGGAGCGGCCCGCGGCAGGAGUGGACGGCGGAGCGAGCCGCGGCAAGAGUGGACGGCGGAGGGAGCUGCGGCAGGAGUGGAUGGCGGAGCGAGCCGUGGCAGGAGUGGACGGCGGAGGGAGCUGCGGCAGGAGUGGACGGCGGAGCGAGCCGCAGCAGGAGUGGACGGCGGAGGGAGCCACGGCAGGAGUGGACGGCAGAGCGAGCCGCGGCAGGAGUGGACGGCGGAGCGAGCCGCGGCAGGAGUGGACGGCGGAGGGAGCUGCGGCAGGAGUGGAUGGCGGAGCGAGCCGCAGCAGGAGUGGACGGCGGAGGGAGCUGCGGCAGGAGUGGACGGCGGAGCGGCCCGCGGCAGGAGUGGACGGCGGAGCGAGCCGCAGCAGGAGUGGACGGCGGAGGGAGCCGCGGCAGGAGUGGACGGCGGAGCGAGCCGCGGCAGGAGUGGACGGCGGAGGGAGCCGCGGCAGGAGUGGACGGCGGAGGGAGCCGCGGCAGGAGUGGACGGCGGAGGGAGCUGCAGCAGGAGUGGACGGCGGAGCGAGCCGCGGCAGGAGUGGACGGCGGAGCGAGCCGCAGCAGGAGUGGACGGUGGAGGGAGCCGGGGCAGGAGUGGACGGCAAGGCGAGCCGCGGCAGGAGUGGACAGCGGAGCGAGCCGCGGCAGGAGUGGACGGCGGAGUGA